AUGGUUCCUGGCGGUGAGGACAAAGUUCGUAGUGGUGAGGACAAGGUUCCUGGUGGUGAGGACGAGGUUCCUGGCGGUGAGGACAAGGUUCGUGAUGCUGAGGACAAGGUUCCUGGCGGGGAGGACAAGUUUCCUGGCGUUGAGGACAAGGCAGCCUGUGUGGCAGGCACUCAAAUUUAUGGGGGGCCUGAUUUGCAGCGGGCAGGAUUUUGGCGGGCUCUGGGGGAGGAUUAAGGGAGGAAAGCCCGCCUUUCAUGACUACACGCCCCAGUCAUAACAUAAUUAAUUGGUUUCUAAAAAUAUUCGCUUGCACGUAAACAUGUCAAUCAAACAAUAUUGCGAAUUAAACUCAAUACCACUCAAUACUAUAAUACAAUUUAAUACAAUAUGAGAUUUUGUAAAUGUUGUUUUAAAUUAAACGGCAAUUUGGCAAUUUUAGUGUAAAAAUUGUUCAUGAUUCAUCACAAAAAUCCAUCAGAAAGAAAACAAUCUUUCGGAAUUGUGCUCGCAGAUUUAAUAUAUGUGAGAAAUUUGGCUUUUGUUAAUACUCUACAGUACUACACGAGAAGUUUCAACACCAUUACCAGCCCAAAGAUGUAGGAACAUCAGGAAAGCGUAAACUGUUAAUUCCUGACAUGCUGAUCGUGACGCUAGUCCAUUCAACCAAACUGAAUCAAAUCGCGUUUGUUCUCCGCAAUGUUUUCCGGUAGUAUGUCUAGAACUGAAUCGAAAUCUGCGCGUAAAAGCACAGUGCUUGUUCAACAGCAAUACAAAAGAUGAUCUCACUGUCCAGUCAUCAAGAAAUAGCACAGGUACUGCAGAAAAUGGGGAUGUAAAUACUGAUUGCGACGAUGUACCGAAGUAAGCUCUACAUCGACGUUUUGAAAACGUGUGAAGGGCGUUCGUGGGCGUUCGUCACUGAGAUUAACUGUCCUUAAAUCAUUAAAAGUGCUUUUAGGUCAUCCGAAUGGGAAUAUUGUGACUCGAAACCCUACAAACGAAAAGAGGCUGGACAACAGUGACGAACGCCCUUCACACGUUUUCAAACCGUCGAUGUUGAGCUUAAUACUUUUAUAUAGUACAUCAUCAAAAUCAGUAUUUACAAUUUUACAUCCAUGCACGUUAAUUGUUUGCAAUUAUCCUGUGCUAUUUCCUGACGACUGGCCAGUGAGAUCAUCUUUUGUAUCGCUGCUGAAUAAGAAAAUAUAGCCACGACCGAUGUUCAAAAUAGAUCCAGGAUUAGAUAGCAACAAUAUUGAAAUCAACAAAUACUACGGUUUUCCACUGACUUGGUAUUGACCAAUCAGGUGAACGCAUUCACCGUCCAGAAUCUGAACGGCGUGUAGUCAUGACAGGCGGGCCUUCCUGCAGGCACUUAAUCCUCCCCCGGAGCCAGCCAAAAUCCUGCCCGCUGCAAUUCAGGCACCCAUAAAUUUGAGGGCCUGCCACGCAGGCUAAGGACAAGGUUGCUGGCUGUGAGGACAAGGUUCUUGGCGGUGAGGACAAGGUGCCUGGCGGUGAGGACAAAGUUCCUGGUGGCGAGGACAAGGUUCCUGGUGGUGAGGACAAGUUUCCUGGUGGUGAGGACUCGGUUCCUGGCGGUGAGGACAAGGUUCCUGGCGGUGAGGACAAUGUCGCUGGCCGUGAGGAUAAGGUUCCUGGCGGUGACGCCAAGGUUCCUCGCGCUGAGGAAAAGAUUCCUGACCCUGAGGACAAGGUUGAAGUCGGUGAGGACAAGGUUCCUGGUGGUGAGGACAAGGUUCCUGGCGUUGAGGACAAGGUUCCUGGCGGUGAGAACAAGGUUCCUGGCGGUCAGGACAAUGUUCCUGGCGAUGAGGACCAGGUUUCUGGCGGUGAGGACAAUGUUCCUGCCGGUGAGGACAAGGUUCCUGCCGGUGAGGACAAGGUUAAUUCCUGGCGAUGAGGACAAGGUUUCUGACGGUGAGGAGAAUGUUCCUGACGCUGAGAACAAGGUUCCUGACGCUGGAGACAAGGUUCCUGGCGGUGAGAACAAAGUUCCUGGCGGUGAGGACAAGGUUGCUGGAGGUGAGGAAAACGUUCCUGGUGGUGAGAACAAGGUUCCUGGUCGUGAGGACAAGGUUCCUGGCGGUGAGAACAAGGUUCAUGGCGGUGAGGACAGGGUUCCUGGCGCUGACGACAAGGUCGCAGCCGGUGAGGACAAGCUUUCUGCCGUUGAGGACAAGGUUCCUGCCGGUGAGGACAAGGUUCCUGGCGGUGAGGACAAGGUUGCUGGCGGUGAGGACAAGGUUGCUGGCGGUGAGAACAAGGUUCCUGUCGGUGAGGACAAGGUUGCUGCCGGUGACGACAAGGUUGCUGGCGGUGAGGACGAGGUUCCUGUCGGAGAGGACAAGAUUGUUGGGGCUGAGGACAUGGUUCCUAGUCGGGAGGACAUGGUUCAUAGUGGGGAGGACAAUGCUCCUGGCAGUGAGGCAAGGUUCCUGGUGGCAAUGACAAGGUUCCUGGUGGUGAGGGCAAGGUUCCUGGUGGUGAGGACAAGGUUCCUAGCGAUGAGAAUAAGGUUUCUGGUUGUGAGCGCAAGGUUCCUGCCGGUGAGGACAAGGUUCUUGCCGGUGAGGACAAGGAUGCUGCCGGUGAAGACAAGGUUCCUAGCGGUGAGAUCAAAGUUCCUGGCGGUGAGGCCAAGGUUCCUGACGCAGAGCACAAGGUUCCUGGCACUGAGGACAAGGUUCCCGUCGGUGAGGACAAGGUUCCUUCCAGUGAGGACAAGGUUGCUGCUGGUGAGGACAAGGUUCCUGGCG